UCUAGUGCAUAUUGAGGGGAAAGGAAGUAUUAUGAGAUGGCAAUUGUAUAUUGGGUGCUAAGUUAUCUAGUAGGUAGACCUCUAGGAUCGAAUAUGAUACGAUCUUAGAAUAUUGACUUGGGACCUGACUCAACCUCAGAAAAAUCGACUUGUAAGGUAAGGAUUUCUAAACCUAAUAAGGCUUCAUCACAAGAAAUUCACGAUUACAACAUACAGUUAAAUAUAUACAAUUUCAAAAUGUGUAAUACAUGUGACUUUGUAUUGUUGUGAAAACUGUGUAAAGGGUUGUUAACAAAGCAAAGGCCUCUAACCUACUAAAUGCAAGCCAUAUCAUAAACAAGGGCUUAUAUUAUCUAACCACCAAAAAUAAGCCUUAUAAAAAUGCAAAGGAUUCUAAUAACAAAGGUCACAAGUUGUGGUUAGAAAUUACUUACCAGCUCCCACAUUAAACCCCAAACAUGACAGCAUUGGCAAAAGAUAACAGUAAACUGCUCCGCUAUAGUGGCUGCGACGGCCACUGUUUUGACAUCUAUAGCUGCUGCUCUAAACUGCUCUGCUACUGCAUGUUUUGUAGCGGCCAGGAGCUGCUCCACUCCACUAUAGUGCACUAUUGGCAACACUGAUAAUAACAGAUUCAGUGUUAAGCUCUGUUGUCAAUAGCGGCGCGUCUGGCCGUGAAACCUCCGUCACUGGUUGCGGCGAACUCGACCUCGGAUAACGCCCCAACACGCUGAUGCGUCACACCCUGACCCGGAUCCAUGAUCCACUACUCUGUUUUGACUGGUUUUGUUGAUUUUUUUUUAAUUUCAUUGAGGAUAUUUGAGUCUUUUUGCACCCAAAUCCCUGUAAUUUUAUUAUUUCCUGACCUUUCUUCUUCUGCUCCUCCAGUUAACUGCUGCAACCCUUCUCGUUAUUCUUCCUCUGUUUUUGUUCUUUUUCUCAUUUUUCUUCUUCAAGUCUUCUUCCUCUGUUUUUCUUCUUCUUUGUCUGUUUUUCUUCUUCUUCCACUUUCCUCUGGUGGAAUUCUUUGGUGGAUAUUGAUGACAAGAGGGUUGUUACUUGUGAUUUUUGUGAGAAGGUUACGAAAGGAGAAAGGAGGGUUUACCUACAACUGCUGUAAUUUUGAAGUUUGAGCUUAUGUAUACUCCCACGGUUGAAAAUAGUGCCGACUUGCAAGCUUCUCUGGAUGCUUAUCUUGCUGCUGUCCAUGAAUUCCGAAUUCCUCCUAAAGCUCUUUUAGGACUGCAUUCAUAUUGUCCUGUACAUUUUGAUGCUUUUCAUGCUGUUCUUGUUGAUGUCAGUGUACAUGUGAGUUUGCUGAGAGCAGCCUCUUACCCAUCUGCAUUGAAGGUACCCAGCAAUUCUCGCAAUGCUGAGGUCAUCGUAGAUAAAAGUUAUGACACGUUGAACCAUGGCUUGGGUGAAGUUGCCUCUGUAGAUUUGAAAGAUGUAAUGCUUCUUAAGGCAUUAUUAACAGCCCGUGAUAUAUUACUUGAAGAGUUACAAAAACUUAGCAAAGCAGUUGGUCAGACUAUCGAACUUUCAGAGUUUCUGUCAAAAUUGAACAAUGUAGAAAUAUUAAAUUCUGUUGUUCAAGCAAAUCAGUUUGCAACAGAUGUUGAAAUUUCAGUACAAGGAAAUCCCCAAAAUGGUCUUGAGAGAGAAAAUGCCGCUGUGGAUCUUCUGACUGCGGAAAAGCUUCAUUCCUUGUCAAAGAGCGAGCUAUUGGACUGUUGCCAUUCAGUGGGAGACCAAUUGUUGUAUUUGUGGAACAUAUUUUUAAAAUUCCAUAGAGAUAACAAAACAAAGAUUCUAGAAUUUUUGCAUGUUACUUGGGCUAAGGAUAGGAAAGCAGAAUGGUCGAUAUGGAUGGUGUACUCUAAGGUAGAGAUGCCUCAUCAUUAUAUAAAUAGUGGGAGCGAUGAGUCUUCCUAUCGUGGGGUACACAGAAGAGUUUCCAGUUUAUGGAAGUUACCUGAUGAGCCUCUUCAGACUGCAGCUACACGUGCUGAACUUCAUCGAAGGAGCAUUGCACAAAUGAGGAUUAACAAUCAAUCAAUUCAAGACAUGCAAAUGUUUGGAGAUCCUUCACGUAUACCAAUUGUGAUUGUUGAACGUGUGAUGAAUGCACCGCGACGCACAAUCAGUGAUAAUUCAUACCUGAGACAUGUCAUACUUGCAAAUUCACUUAAUUUUCAAGCUGAGUUCAACUUAGACACCACAAACCAGGAAUCUUCCCCACAAAGUAAUGCUCGUGUGCUGAAGAUUGUUGUCUUUGUGCAUGGGUUUCAGGGGCAUCAUCUGGAUCUACGACUUAUUCGAAAUCAAUGGCUUUUGAUAGAUCCCAAGGUAGAAGUUCUGAUGUCAAAGGCUAAUGAAGAUAAAACAUUUGGCGACUUCAGAGAAAUGGGACAAAGGCUUGCUGAGGAAGUUAUUUCCUUUGUUAAAAUGAAAAUGGAUAAAGUGUCAAGAAAUGGAAAUUUGGGAGAUAUUAGACUGAGUUUCGUUGGACAUUCUAUUGGGAACCUCAUUAUACGAACAGCUAUAGCUGAGAGCAUGAUGGAGCCAUUUCUAAGAUACUUACAUACAUAUGUUUCAGUGUCUGGUCCUCACUUGGGAUAUCUUUACAGUUCAAACUCACUGUUUAAUUCUGGGUUAUGGCUUUUGAAGAAAGUAAAAGGCACACAGUGCAUUCAUCAGCUCACCUUCACUGAUGAUCCCGAUAUUCAAAAUACAUUUCUCUAUAAACUUUGUAAGCACAAGACCCUGGAGCAUUUUAGGCAUAUAAUUUUGCUAUCUUCCCCUCAGGAUGGUUAUGUGCCCUACCAUUCUGCUAGAAUAGAAUCAUGCCAAGCUGCUUCACAUGACAAUUCAAAGAAGAGCAGAGUGUUCCUAGAGAUGCUGAAUGAUUGUUUGGACCAAAUCCGUGCCAAUCCCUCUGAACAUAGAGUGUUUAUGCGUUGUGAUAUCAAUUUUGAUGCCACUGCUUAUGGCAAGAAUUUAGACUCUCUAAUCGGCCGGGCUGCUCAUAUUGAGUUUCUAGAGUCUGACAUUUUUGCAAGGUUCAUAAUGUGGUCAUUUCCAGAACUAUUUCAAUAGGCUAUCAUUUGUCAUCUUUGCACUCAGAUUCACCUAGGCAGGCAGUCAGAUAUAACUCAGAUUUUUGUCAGAUGUUGACAUUCUUCUAGGUAUGCGUAAAAGAUGGCAGGAUCAUUUAGACAUCUGAGCUGCAUAUUCAAUUGGCUUCAAGAUGUUUAUUUGGAACACAUGUAUACCUAGCUUUAGGAAUGGUUGAAAGGAAUAUAGUGAUGUAAUUAAUUUAGGUUAGAUAGAUCAAUAUUAAUGUUACGCUAUUAACAUUCUGAUACAGGAAAUGAGACCUAAUAACAACAUUAGACAUAAACUUUCUACUAAAGUAAAAUGCGUAUUAGAUGGAUUAAC